UUUUAUUCAGGGAAAAGCACUCCUCACAUUCCAUACCGAUUACUCCAUCUUGUAUGGACACAUGCCAGGCAUCUAGCUGGUUAUGAACAACAAGAUGCUCAUGAAUUUUUUAUAGCUACAUUAGAUGUAUUGCAUCGGCAUUGUAAAGGAACCAAUGGUUUAUCAAGUAGUAAUCCUCAUCAUUGUAACUGUAUUAUUGAUCAAAUAUUUACUGGAGGACUUCAGUCUGAUGUUAUAUGCCAAGCUUGCAAAGCAGUGUCUACAACAAUAGAUCCAUUUUGGGAUAUUUCACUAGAUCUUGGGCCAAACACUCAUCUUCAAGCUUCAAGUUCAACUGAAAAUACAUCAGAAUGUGGAAUUGGAGAUGGACAAGAAGAUGCUGAGCCAUCAUCAUUAAUAGAUUGUUUAGAAAG